CUAUUCUUAACCUACCUACAUAGCUAUACCCCCUAGCUAGAAAUUACAUAAAAAAGGGAAAACUAAGAUUAAUUGAUUAACACUAAUAUUUAUAUCUAAUUAUGGAUCAAUUUGGAAGUGAUCAACCUUCUAGCUCUAAUACAACCAAAGUUGAAAGAAGGCUCGUUGAAAAAAACAGAAGAAAUCAGAUGAAGAUCCUCUACUCCAAACUCAACUCUCUUCUCCCUAACUAUAAUCCCAAGGAAUUACCAUUGGCGCUACCGGAUCAAGUAGAUGAGGCUAUAAACUACAUAAAGAGUUUAGAGGCAAAUGUGCAGAUGGCUAUGGAGAAGAAAGAAAGGCUAUUAGCAGGAAAGAAUAAAAGAUCACGUGAAUAUUGCUUAGAUCUACCAAAAUCACCAUGUUUUGAAAUUCACGAAAUUGGUUCUUCACUACAAAUCAUUCUCACGUGUGGGUUAGAUAACCAAUUCAUUUUCUAUGAAAUAAUUCGUGUGUUACAUGAAGAGAAUGUAGACAUAAGGAGUGUUAAUUCCUCUAAGGUUGGAGAUAAUUCACUCCUUCAUGUUGUUCAUGCUGAGAUUCCUCCAUCUUGUGUUCAAUUUGGAGCGACCAAAGUGAGUGAGAGAUUGAAAAGUUUUGUGUAUGGAUCUUCCAGUGAUGUGGAAAUACAGCCUGAGUUGUGGGAUUUUGAAAUUGGACCUGAUGAUCAUAAUAUGUGGGGUUUCUAGUUAGGUCUAUCUUAAUAUUUAGGGUUUCCAAAAGUUUUGUAAAAGAUAAAAUAUUAGCUUAUGAGAUUAAAGACCAUGCACUCUCAAUGCAAUUGCAACUUCUCAAUGCUUCAAAUGAUUAAAAAUCGAAAGUUGUGAUUGAUUGUUGGUGUAAAAUAAUUUUACAUUGAAGCUAAAUUAAGAAUCCUGAUGAGUUAGUUAA